UAUGAACCGAACAUCAGUUUUUCAUAGUCCGUCUGGAUACCUUGGCCUUCAUGUAAUGCUUCUGGAUGAGUAUCAAGAUCGACUGUUUGUUGGAGGAAAAAACCUGAUAUAUUCUCUCAGCUUAGACCGAGUCAGUGAGAAUUACAGAGAGAUUCAUUGGCCCAGUAGCUCCCUGCAAGUGGAAGAAUGCACAAUCAAAGGAAGAUCUAUGGAAGAAUGUGCAAAUCACAUCUGUGCUUUGCACCGUUACAACCGAACACAUCUGCUGGCCUGUGGUACUGGAGCUUUUGAUCCCAUCUGUACUUUUGUCAGAGCCGGCCAUCAAUCAGAG